GCAGAACGCCAUCUUUAAACCCCACAAGAGGCCACAGCAGCCACAGUUGAUGAAAAAUACUGUCCCUACGUCGGGAUAUAAGUUCAGCUCGUGGUAACCGUACGUUUGUCUCUCUGGCAAAUAAAUAAUAAGGACCUGGACGGUGGGACUGAGGAGACCGACGGGAGUUACUGCGACAGCCUUAAAAUGUUGUUAUGAUAGCCCAACAACAACAAUAGACGGAAAGACAACAACGGACUGAGCUAGCUUGGCUAACAGCACUGUUUCACAUGCUAACGGAAAGCUAGCCGAGGUUAGCCGCUUCAUUAGCACAUCUGUCUCCCUUUUUAUUGCGCUGAAAUUUCACUGGACGCCGUGGAGAGUUGGCGGUGGCUAUCGGACUACGUUUAACCCGGCUGUCUUCCCAUCUUCUGGCCACUUCUAAGCGUUUUUUGUUCUGGAUUCUCUGCGCUUUGGUUUUUAGCUAACACAAAGCUAAGUCCCUGCUUCACCCCCUCCCCAGCGGCCCAGCCGGAGAUGCGUGGAAGAUGUCGGUGUCGGGGCUGAAGGCCGAACUGAAGUUUUUGGAGUCCAUUUUCGAUCCGAACCACGAACGGUUCAGGAUUAUUGACUGGAAGCCCGACGAGCUAAGUUGCCAGUUUAAUGUGACUGGGGAGAAGCUGCUAAUUAUCCACUGUAACAUAACGGAAUCCUAUCCAUCUACGCCGCCAAUAUGGUUCGUAGACUCUGACGACCCGAGUUUGGCACAAGUUCUGGAGCGUUUGGAAGAUGUGCGAAAAGGCAACACUCUGCUUUUGCAGCAGCUCAAAAAGCUAAUUUGUGACCUUUGCCGGCUGUACAAACCUUCCCAACAUCCAGAUGUGGAGAUGCUGGACCAGCCCCUGCCUGCAGGUCCUGUGGGACAAGACCGGAAGCAUGGAACAGAUGAGGUUACAUCUGAAGAAGAGGAGGAAGAGGAGAUGGGAGAGGACAUAGAAGAUCUGGACCACUAUGAAAUGAAAGAGGAGGAGCCUGUGGAUGGAAAGAAAUCAGAGGAUGAUGGAAUUGAGAAGGAGAAUCUGGCCAUCCUUGAGAAGAUACGUAAGAAUCAGAGGCAGGACCACCUGAAUGGAGCUGUGUCUGGUUCAGUGCAAGCAUCUGACCGCCUCAUGAAGGAACUUAGAGAGAUCUACAGGUCCCAGAGUUAUAAGACAGGCAUCUAUUCAGUCGAGCUUGUUAACGACAGCCUUUAUGAGUGGCACGUCAAAAUAAGGACGGUAGACCCAGACAGCCCGUUGCAUAGUGAUUUACAAGUCCUAAAAGAAAAGGAAGGAAUGGAUUACAUUUUACUAAACUUCUCAUAUAAAGAUAACUUCCCAUUUGAUCCACCCUUUGUCCGGGUAGUUUCACCUGUGCUAUCCGGAGGGUAUGUUCUUGGAGGAGGUGCUCUGUGCAUGGAGCUUCUCACAAAACAGGGUUGGAGCAGUGCCUAUUCCAUUGAGUCUGUCAUCAUGCAGAUCAAUGCCACUUUAGUCAAAGGAAAAGCCAGAGUGCAAUUCGGAGCCAAUAAAAACCAGUACAAUCUUGCCAGAGCACAGCAGUCCUACAAAUCCCUCGUUCAGAUCCAUGAAAAGAACGGCUGGUACACACCCCCUAAGGAGGAUGGCUAAAACAAACUGUUGCCUUCUUUCCUUUGCUGGGACCACAUGUCUUAGGUUUUUUGCUUUUGUGCUUUGUUUUUUCUCCCCUGCUCCUCCUGUGCGACCAAUACUUUUUUUGUUUGUUUUCUUUACAUUUCUGUUCCCCUCCAAGUAAGCUCAAACUCCAAACUGAUCUCACUUCGUGACGACUUCAGAGUCAGUCUCCCACGUGCACGCACACACACACACACACACACACACACUAUGAAGUAGAAUCAGGCCAGGCUAUAGAUGCUUGUACCCAUGUUAUUCCCACACACCCCCACACGCACAUACAAAGUACAUUUGGGUUGUUUUUUUUUGUGUGUUUUGUUUUUCACAUAAAGCUCAUUGACUGCAAACUUCAGAGACACUGAAGGAGCCCAGUUUUACGCUUUUGCACGCUCCACGUGGUAAUCAUAUAAUUUGUGGAGGGGGGUUAAGAUGCAGAUUUGUAAGUUCAUAUUAUCAAAAAUUUCGGUUAUUGUUCAGAAAAGUAGCAGUUGGAAGCAAACGCGGUCAUGAUCGAUUGAGGAAUUAAUGGUUACUGUUUCUCAUGUUGUGCAGUGGCACAUUUUUGAUAUGUGAUAACUCAGCUUUUGCUUUUUAAAUAAAUAUUUAAAUAUUGGAUUUAUUAAAGGAACUGGCAAAGCUGCAAAGACCAUUGUAACAAUUUAAGUGUUUCGGCAAGCUGCCAGUAAAUCGUUGAAGUCAUAGAAGCUUCGGCAGAUGGUGUGACGCCUUUACUUGGAAUAAGUGUGCAGUAUUAAUGAAUCCACAAGAGGGCGCUAGGCUGUUGCACACUGUAACUGCUAACACCAGUGGCUCCAGCAACAGGCUGUAUGACUCAAUCACACAUGCAAAUAUUUGUGUUUGAUUCUUCAUGGUCAUGUGCAGUGGUGGGCACAGCUAACCAUGUUAGCUUUGAUAACCUCUAAUUUGCUAAUUGAAAAGGUAACUUUUAUAACGCUAAACCAAUAAACUGCAAAAAAAAAAUAAAUACCGGAAGUUGCAGCUAACCGCUAACUUUUAGUACUGACUCAGCACUAAGAGUGUCGGCUACUGAUAAUCCAGUUUCCUGUUUAAGCACCACUGAGGCUUCUGAGUAAAAUCAGAAGCGAUCACAAACCCCGAAUGAACAAUGAGCCAGAACUUCUGUCUUUAUGCACGCUGUCUGCUGCUGCCCUCCCCCAAAAAAGUGUCAUUUAUUUUCCACAUACUACAACACAUCCAGUGGGCAGGAGACAUGAAACGCAGAGCACUUUUCACUCAUCAUUUCACACUUAUAAACAACUAAUUUCGGACAAUUUGUCAACAUUAACGGUAACUGUAAUUUUUACAAAGUGAAACUAUCGCACUUAUUUAAAGUAAUGUGCUAAUUCUGAAGGUUUGAGCUUUAACAUGUGCCGGAAGUCAUGGGGGAAAAAAUGAGUCUCCUUAGCUGGUUGGUUUAUUUGUAAAAGCCAACACACAAGUUACUGUAAUGUGUUUUGGUUUUUACAAAUAAAUGUGCAUUUGUAAAUGUCUUUUUUUUAUUUGUAAAAAAAAAAACAAAAAAAAACAGGCAUUUGCAAAACUGAAAUUUAGGUUUGACGUGUAUUCACAACAACUCGCGACCAACGUUGGUUGCUAUUCACACUCCCAUCCAGUAGAUGGCAGUGUUCUAUGCAUUUUGACCAUUUCCCAUAAUGCUUUUCAGCGCGUGUGUCUGUUAAAGCUCAAACCUAAAAGAUAUGCGAGAUAUUUUCUGUGUAAAAAUGACAGAGUUACCAUUAAUGUCGAUAAACUGUCUGGAAUUAGUUUAGAAGUAAAACCACGAGUGGAAAGUGCUUUACGUUUCAUGUCUCCUGCCCACUGUAUCUUGUUGUAUGUGGAAAGUAAAUGACUUUGGCAACAGCAGCCGGCUCCGCUCUCUACUGCUGGGGAAGGACUGAGCUCACAGCGGUCUGACUAUUGCAAAACAUGCAACAGGUAGGGAUUAACAUGUAUGAUUUGACCGUUAAGUUUUAUUCACUAUGCCAGCAAAAAAAUGUUAGACUGAAAGUUAGCGGAACUAAAUUUAGCAGACGCUAAGUGGUCCACCGAUCGUUUUCAAAAUUAGCUGAAAAGCUAAUUUACGAACAAAAAAGUUAGCUUCGCUAAUUAGCAGUUAGCAGAUUUGCGGAACUGUGCCCACCACUGUGCACAUUUUUAAAGCAGCUGCAAGCCACAAGCAGCCACACAUCUCUUCCGUGCAUGGACUCGCACACAGCCUGGCCUGGUGUUACUUCAUCUGCACAGACACACCAAACACAUCUGCUGCUCUCUUUGUUUAUUCCUCUUCUGUCUGUUAUUUGAUGCAACUUCCCCAUCGCAACAUUCAGCCCAUUCUUCAGGAUAAUGGUCAACUAAAUAUCAUGCAAAUUUCCAGUCUGGUUUUGGUGUUGAGCAUGCAGAGAUUACACGCUACCUGCAAGUUGAAGGGUGGAGCAUGGCUUAAUCUUCCAGCGGUGGCAGUCCAAUGCGUCAGUGACUCGACACUGCCUCUGUGUUCAGACUGGAUCAAAAAGCAUCAUAUUGCGCUCUCUGUUGAGGCAGGGUUUGGUGGGGGGAUGCUGCAGGAAAGGACGUUGAAAUUCUCCUGCUGCAAAGGAUCACCACAUUAGUUUCCAUGGCUGGCCUCUGUGAUGUGCUCAUAUUAUCUUUGCAAUGUCAAGAUCCCUUCUCUGGAAAACAUGGUUGGAGGCUAGCUUGCGUUCACACCUCACAUCUUUCAAAGGUUGAAGCCAGAGGUGCAAAAAAAAAGACAACUUCUGUAGCCAUGGCAGGACAGCCCAUAAAGAAAGGCAGAUCUCCAGAGUCUGACACCACCUUCAUCAUCACGACCAGCAGCUGGAGUGCUCGCUGCAGGAAGAGUGUGUGUUUGGCUCGACUGGCAACAGGAACACCACCAGGCCAAGCAUAGACCUUUUGGGACUGGAUCGCACUGUAAUGUAGUUGAUUUUAACUCCACGUGUAAACAUGUAAAUUUGUAUUUCUGCAAAAGGAUUUAAUUGUUUAUAUUGUAACCUUGUCUGGGGUCUUUUGGUUGGGCAGAGACUGCAUUGAUAUAUACCCUUGAUUAUUACCAGCAGGGGGUGCUGCAACCAUUCAAGACCCUUUUAGAAUUUAAAAAGGCAAAAAAAAAGAAAAAAAAGAAAGUUGCUUCAUGGAUGCUCUUGCAAAAGGAAACAAAUGUACACCCUGUUUAAUCUUAAUGACUACUGCAGUUAUGUUCUUUAUUGGAUAGAGUUGUAAUCAUUGUUAUUGGCAACCACGACAAAACCAUUCCUCUUGUUUGAUGGCACCUCUUAACACAGCUACAGCAAUGGCCAAGAAAACACUGUUUGGUUUCUCUCUCUGUCUCUCUCUCUGUCUUUGGUUGGAGUUUUGUUGUGUUGAAGAAAAUUAGGCUUUUGACCGUAACAGUCUGCUUAGUCCUGGUUGUUGGUUCACGUUGCCACCACUAACAACCAGUCUGGGGAAAAAAGUGACCUUUACCCUUCUGACUUCUCGACCUAACAGCUGCUAAAAUACAGUUGAUGUUUUCAGAUUCACAGCAAUAGUCUAGACCAUAGACCUUCUGGCUUCAUACCUGGGGAGAUAAACCUUUUUUUUUUUUUUUUUUGCAUUUCCAAGAAUAUUUUUGAUGAGAUUUGCCACAGGAAGGGCACAGCUCUUCCAGUUUCCACCUCACUAGUUUAACUAUUCAUAACUACUCCAAGCAGUGCUGUACCUGUCAGCAUGCCAAGUCUGUGAAGUGUUGUGAAUAAUAC